UUAGAGGACAUCCCUGCAGACAGGAGGGGAGAAGGUGCUGUGCGAGGAGAGGGAACCACAAGCUGGAUCGGUCCGGUCAGAAACAGUUUUCGCAGGUUGUAAAACUGAGUUAUUGUUUUUUUUAAGAUUAGAAAAUUUGCUUCCCCUGUUCUGGACUGGUGGUCAUGGGCAUCCUGCAGAAUUUGUCUCUCUUGGCUUAUUGCGCCUGCUGUGUUUACCAAGCUGAUGGGCGAAAAACAUAUCGUGAUGUUUUCCCCCACAAGCAUUCAUUAGCUGGCAAGUUUCCGUUUCCAGUCCCGACAGUCCCUGGAUGGGAGCCUGACACCAAUCCAUGGAAUGAUUACCUUUACCCACCAUUAAACUCAAAGUCAAGAGAGCUCAUGCAUCACAGGGGUAAACCAAAGGUCCGCCUGACCAGCGACAGCCCGGCACUCAAUGGCUCAUGUAUAACAUUUACUGCCAAGUUGGAGUAUCCUCCGUGCCAGAAGGAAGACGCCAACGGGGACCUUGUCUGGGAUGAGCACUGCGAGGAUGGUAUGGAGCUGGAGGCCUCAGCCAACGGACAGCUUCGUUCAGGCUAUGUGUAUAACUGGAUUUCUUGGUUGGAUGAUUAUGGUUUUGGGAAGUGCACAGACACAACAAAAUGUAAUGUGUUCCCUGAUGGGAAGCCAUUCCCGCAGAGCAAUGACUGGAGGCGCAAGAGCUACGUCUAUGUUUGGCACACAAUGGGCCAGUACUAUGAAACAUGCGAUGGCUCAUCCUCCAGUGUGACCAUCAACACCACUAAUAUCCCACUGGGGGCAGAAGUCAUGGAGGUAAUGGUCUACAGGAAGCGUGAGCGCAGGAAGUACAGCCCCCUCACCAAUGAUAACACCGUCUUCUUAGUCACAGAUAAGAUCCCACUGGCAGUUGAAAUCUCCCAGAGGUCUGCAGUCAACAAGACUGCCGGUGUUUUCAUCCGUGGAGAGGAGAUUGUGUUCAAGGUGCAACUCCAUGACCCCAGCGGCUACCUAAAGACAGCUGCUUCAGUGGACUACAUCUGGGACUUUAGAGACGGCAACCAGCUCGUAACACACCGCGAGGUGACCACACACACCUACAGCACACUGGGGACGAUGAAUGUGAAGCUGGUGGUGGAGGCUGCAUUUCCUGAGGAGUGUCCACCCACUUCUGCCACUCCGACUCCAAGGCGCCCCACAUUGCCACCUCUCACAGUGGCUCCCACAACUCUUCCAGCGACCCACAUUGUCACAACCAAGAGCAAGACAACACUGGUGCCACCCAAGACCAGCCAGCCUGUUAAUUCAUCCACUUCCUCUACUGUGACGACUGGCUUUUCCACAACAGAGCCUCUUCCUUCUACUGGUGCCACCAAAACCAACCCCACCACCCUGCCUUGGCUCCGAAGCAGGGGUCUUAACAGCAACGAGUGUUUCCGUUAUGCCUACGGGACCUUUUCAGGCAACAUCACCAUAGUUGAGCCAAAGCACCCACUAAGGAACCGGCUAGACAGUCGCAUUGUGGGCGUGUCGGCUGCCAGGAUGACCAACACUGAUGUCAACUUCCACGUGAAAUGUCUGGGCAGCAUCCCCACUUCAACCUGCACCAUUGUGUCAGACCCCAGCUGCACUCAGGUGCACAACAUCAUGUGCGAUGAUGUGCCGCCGUCGUCAGAGUGUGUGGUGCAUCUGCAGCGAAGGUUUCUGGAACCCGGCACCUACUGCGUGAACAUCACCCUGGAGAACUCCAGCAGCAUGGCACUUGCCAGCACCACGAUCACCAUCAGCAAGUCCUGGGAUGCACCCGUGCCUAAAACUCCAAGCACUGCCCUGGUGGUUCUUACUUCAAGCGCCGUGCUGGUGGCAGUCUUUGCAAUUAUUGCCUACGUGAUCUACCGGCGUCACAAGGUAUACCGGCCCAUCCGAAGGUCAGUGGUCGAGGACGCCUGUGCCCGUUCUGGUGCUGCAGGUCACAUGGUUCGCCUGAGGGAGGUGCUCUCCCGCUCCAGCGAGGAGAGCCGCCACCUGCUGACUGAAAGACACUCUUUGUAGUGUUUUGGGUAUUGCAUUGAAUAAGCUUUCCUCUUGUACUUUAAAAUAAAAAAGACAGAUUAUCACUUGUGAACUGAAGUGAAGCCAAUUGAUAUUAACAGCACGUUGUGUCCUAAUUUAGAUUGUCUAGUGUGUUGUCUUCAGCCAAACCUAAUGCUAUUCAGAUGAAAGGAUAUACUAAAGAGGUUGUUUAACUUAGUGCGGGCUUGGAUUCCAUUUGCCGUAGAGAGGUUUCAAUCAGUCAUAUUGGUACCUUUGAUUAAAAGGAAUAUAUGGAAUUUUAACAUUGAUUUACACCUUUUUCCUCAAAUUAAUAAAACCUUCACGUUUUUUAAAUUACUCUUAACCAUUUAAACAUUAAAAUGCAAGUCCCAAAUAAUUUAAAAGCAUAAUGUCUUAAAGUUGUCUAACCACUCAUCUCCUUAAUGUCUGCUUCAUACCUUUUUUUCAAAUGUAAUUAAUUCAUGGGUUCUUAUGACCAAUAAAGAUUGUUUAGUGCUCUCCUAAAUGGAGUAGAUGAAAAAUCAUGUUCAAUGUUUGCUGAGAGUACAUGGAAGGAUGACAGGAGAGACAUCUGGCCUCCUGACAGUACACUGCAUGUUUUAAUGUGACAACAGGUUUUUUUGUAUCCUUUAUGAUGUGCAAAUCACAGAAAAAUGCAGGCAAAAGAGCCGAUUUGAGUAUGAAAUAUCGGCACCGAGUAUGUAUGCAGCACAGAUCAAGAAAUAACACUGAAGUUCAUAUUCAGCAGUUACGGGGUUAAAGAUCAGUUUUUGUUUUUACAAAUCGCUUAAGUUGCUUUAGAAAAUGGCAAAAAAGCAGUAAUAUCUGGCAACUCAAAUAUUAUCCCAUACCAUUUUCUUCUAUCCAGUAAAAGAAAAUGCAUCUGUUACUUUCCUGAAGAAACUAUGCAGUACUGUAUUUUUUGCUAGCAAAGUACACUGAAAAUGACAACACAACUGGAUAAUAAAGUAUGCAAGUACUUCAAAA